CAUUUGUGUAUCAAUUGAUUUAACAAAAAAUAAACUAAAAUAAAAUAAAAUAAAAUAAAUAUAUUAUCACUAAUUGUUUCAUCAAAUUGUAUUUAUGACAUCAUCAACAAAAUAAUAGCACAUUUUUUUUGGGUCAUCGAUGACCACAACAACAAUGCGUUUAAGAAGUUCAUCAAAAAGACGAUCAUUUGAUCGUUUCGGCGAUGAUUUGACACAACUAUUGUUGUCUGAUCUGACAUUUGAAGACAAACUAAGAUUUCAAUGUGUGUCCAAACAAUGGCAACAAUUAUUACUACAGUCUGUAACACGUAUUUCAUGUACCGAUCGGUACUCGGAUUUAAUAAGUGCUACCACUUUGGCUAAACUGUUGCCAAAGUGUCCAAACAUUAGGCGAAUUAGAUUUCCGGACGACUUAGCGUUGUUGCCAUUGAUUACCCGUUAUUGUCGACACUUGAAACACAUUUAUAUCAAUCAACAAAUCGAUAGACAACUAUCGGUAACAACUAUUGAUAAGUUUUUCACAUUAUUUGCCGAUCAGUUGCAGACAAUUCAUGUCUGGAAUUCAUCGAAAAAUCUGUUCAAAUCAUUGAACACUAAUCUGAAGAAAUGUACAAAUAUUUCGACAUUUAAAUACAUUACCAGAAAUCUUGAAGACGAAAUCAGUUUAUAUCGUCAAUUCAUUGCUGCCGCUGCUGAUGAACCAAUGGUUUACCAAAAGCUAAACAAAAUAAAGAUUUUUGUCGAAACCAAUGAAAUGUUGACAAUAUUUGAACAAAUUGUUAGACUAUAUGGCCAUCAAUUGAAAUCAAUGGCAGUAUUGGUUGACAGCAAACUACCAUUAAUUAGAAAAACAAUGACUGGUUUGUCACAAAUAAAACAAUUAAUUCAUUUAAAGAUAACUAUUUUGGAAAGCGAUAAAAACUAUUGGCAAACACUUGUCCAACUGUUACCACCAAUUGGUCGCCAAUCUUACCAAUUGAAGAGAUUAUCAAUUAUUAUUAGAUUAGAAAGAUAUGCAAAUUAUAAUAAUAAUAAUAUUAAUCAUAUCAUCGAUGGCUGCGAUAUAUUGAAUACUAUUAGCAAUAAUUUUAAACAAUUAAAGAGACUGUAUUUGAGUAAUUAUAUUGAUUUGAUUGGAUCUAAUAAUAAGAUAAAUGGUUUCAAACAGUUAACACAUUUGACAAUCUAUUCAAAGAAGAUGUCGACAACUGAUCACUUCAUCGAUAAUAUCGCCGCUAACUGUCCGCGACUUCAAUGCUUAGUAUAUAGCGGUUAUUGCAUUGACUCAAAAACAUUGAAAUCAUUGAUACAAUUAUCACAUUUGCAUACAAUUAGCUUAAAGAAUGUUGACAACAAACUAAUCGCUUUGAAUGCUAUUAAAAAGUGUCUUAAUACGAUAACCAGUGUACUCAAGAUAUUGAAGUCGCGGACAGUUAGCAGCGAUAUUAGUGAUAAAGUGAUCCGUUUUUGA